GCUCCCGAGAGCACAGGUGCAGCAGGGGGCUGGCUACCCGAACCCAGCCCCAGCAUGAGCUCUUUCGACCUCCCAGCACCCUCGCCACCGCGAUGCAGCCCCCAGUUUCCCAGCAUCGGCCAGGAGCCCCCCGAGAUGAAUCUUUACUAUGAGAACUUCUUCCACACUCAGGGCAUGCCCAGCCCUCAGCGCCCCCCCUCCUUCGAGGGUGGUGGAGAGUACGGGGCCACCCCUAACCCCUACCUCUGGCUCAAUGGGCCAGCCAUGACCCCACCACCCUACUUGCCUGGCACUAACGCCAACCCCUUCCUACCCCAGGCCUAUGGCAUGCAGAGGCAGCUACUGCCCAGUGACCUGGGCUGGCUGCCCAUCCCCUCUCAGGAGGAGCUCAUGAAGCUGGUGCGCCCACCAUACUCCUACUCAGCCCUCAUAGCCAUGGCCAUCCAUGGUGCGCCUGACCAGCGCCUCACGCUGAGCCAGAUCUACCAGUAUGUGGCUGACAACUUCCCCUUUUACAACAAGAGCAAGGCUGGCUGGCAGAACUCCAUCCGACACAACCUGUCACUCAAUGACUGCUUCAAGAAGGUGCCCCGAGAUGAGGACGACCCAGGCAAAGGGAAUUACUGGACUCUGGACCCCAACUGUGAGAAGAUGUUUGAUAAUGGAAACUUCCGCAGGAAGAGGAAAAGAAAAUCAGACACUUCCUCAAGCACAGGCUCCUUGGCUUCAGAGAAAUCGGAGAACAGUCUCCUGGCAGGCAGCCCGAAGUCCACAGAGCCUCAGGACUUAGACACUGCCUCACCAGACACCACCAGUUCCCCAGAGAAGCGAUCUUCCCCUGUCCCCUCGGGCACCCCGUGCCUCAACAACUUCCUCUCCACCAUGACAGCCUACGUGAGUGGGACAAACCCCAUGAGCCGCUCAGUGGCCACACCAGGACUGAGCCCGGAGUCUACUGACAAGAUGGGGCAGAGUUCACUGAGUUUCAACUCCUACACUCCCCUUACCAACCUCAGUAGCCAUGGGAGUGGGGGUGAAUGGGCCAACCCAGUACCCACCAAUAAUCUAGGUUAUGGAGGCUCUGUCCUCAACCAGUUAAGCCCUCAUUUCUACAAUAGCAUUAACACCAAUGGUGUUCUCUUCCCCAGGGAAGGAGGCACCGAAGUCUAGGGACAGAACAGCUUCUGGCCUACAGAGCAAGCUGUCAAG